CAUUUUUUGCAAAAAUAUCGGUUUCCGGCGGAAGUGGAAUCCCGCCCGAAUCUAGAAGUAGGUCGUUCUGUUGUAGUAGCAGACAAAUCCACAUUUUCCAAGAUUAAAUGCACGAUGGAGUCUAGUUGUACAUCAAAUCAUUCACCAUCAGUUCAGUCUCAAACAGAUACAAAAUGCAUUCAAUGUCAAAGUAUCUUUGAAAAAGCAAAGCGUGGAUAUAAGAGAUACUCGCUAAAAUAUUUGAGUGAGGGUUCGAAGUUCAAAGAUAUACCUGGAUUAACAGAGUAUUUAUUACAGAGAUGUGACAAUCCUGAAAGCUCAUUUGUCUGUGAGAAAUGUGUCAAGAAAUAUCGGGAGAGUCGCCAUCACCCAUCCACGAUGGAGUCUAGUUGUACAUCAAAUCAUUCACCAUCAGUUCAGUCUCAAACAGAUACAAAAUGCAUUCAAUGUCAAAG